AUGGGCAAGUUACACUGUGCCAUUGCGGCCCUUGUGCUGGGUACGCCAGUCGCCCUCUCAACAUCGGUACAUGCCCGUCUCCCGGCCAAUACGAUUGUCCAACAAGCAGCGAACGACACGCCCGUCACCAGCGGGAUUUUGCCUGGGUUCUACAUUGUCGAGUUUGCAAAUGACGGCGAGACACCGGAAAGCUUCUAUGCCUCGCUUGCGGCAAUCGGGGUGCAAGUCGAGCCUCGCAAGAACCUCAGCUUCCGAUUCUUCAAUGGCGUCUCGUUUCAGUUCAAGAACUCGACCUUAAGCCCCGGCUCAGAUUCGAGCGGCGGGGACUUGAUGCAUCGGCUGGAGGGACUGCCACAAGUAGAGAACAUAUGGCCGAUGCGCAUCACGGCACAUCCGCGCGAAAAGAGUGUUGAAGUACCUGCUCAGCCGCAGCACGUCAAGCGGCAGGCAGAAAUGCAGGAUACUUUUUCCACCCAUGUCAUGACCCAGGUUGACAAGCUGCACGCAGAGGACGUGACAGGCAAAGGUUUCCUCAUCGCAAUUAUUGACAGCGGUGUCGACUAUACUCAUCCCGCCCUGGGCGGCUGUUUCGGGCCAGGCUGUUUGGUCGAAGUUGGGUAUGAUUUCACGGGCGACAACUACAUCCCCGGCACAAAUGAACCAAUCCCAGACGACGAUCCCAUGGACAACUGCGUCGGACAUGGCACGCAUGUUGCCGGCACCAUCGCCGCUCAGCUCAAGGGCAACAAAUAUGGCUUUACGGGUUCUGCUCCUGGGGUAAAGCUGGGAGCGUACAGAAUGUGGGGCUGUUCAGCGACGUCGAUAGAUGAGAUCGAGGUGCUCGCAUUCGCUCGUGCCGUCGAAGAUGGAGCCAACAUCAUCUCGUACUCCAACGGCGAUGGCUCGGGCUGGGCACAGGAUGUACGUGCCGUCAUCAUUUCGCGCAUUGUCGAUUCCGGUAUCCCUGUUAUCGUGUCUGCAGGCAACGAUGGUGGGCAGGGUAUAUUUUACGGUUCCACGCCAGCGACGGGAUUCAGCGCCACAGGCACAGGAGCGGUAUCCAAUAUUAAAUUCCCUGUGUUUCUGGAGCGAGGCUCCUACAAGACGAGCGCCAAUGCUACCGGUAACAGUACGCAUGAGUUUGGUUUCUUGAGGGGUGUGCCAGAAUUCACUGCCGGCGGGACACUCCAGCUUUGGUCUGCUGCCAAUGCCGACGACGCCUGCAAAACGCUGCCCGAUGAUACACCAGAUCUGAGUCAACGUAUCGUUCUUUUGGAAUUCAAGGAUGCGCGCGCAACGCAAUGUUACCCGCAAGACCAAGGUGCUAAUAUUGCUGCAAAGGGUGGGCGCUUCAUGGCGUACUAUGAACGCACCAACCUGACGAUGCGCGACGAUCCCUAUGUAUACGCUGAUGGCAUUCAGGGAGUCGUUAGAGUUCCCCCGUAUGCUGCCGAGAAUUGGCUUUCCCUGCUUUCGCAAGGCGCUACUGUCUCUGUGACUAUCCCGUCCAACGGCUCCCAAAUACACCUCGAGGAACUCGAAAAUAACGAGAGUGGUGGGUAUGUCGCAGAUCGUCUGACAAGCUGGGGCCCGACUUGGGAGCUCAGCAUGAAUCCAGAGGUUGUAUCGCCCGGAGAGAAUAUUUUGAGUACAUUUCCAACGGCCAUGGGUAGCUAUCGUGUCAUGACUGGCACCAGCAUGUCAGCUCCUCUGGUCGCAGGCGUCUAUGCACUGCUCGGUGAGGUAUACGGCAAGCUGGAACCGAAACGCCUUCGCAGACUCCUGAUGCACACUGCAAAGCCACUGCCCUGGUACCAUGACAAUACUCUUCAGCCCGAUAUCCUUGCUCCUGUCCCACAACAAGGCGCUGGGCUGGUGCAAGCCUGGAAUGCUGCACGUACUACCCUCGAGAUCGACAUCGACAGCAUAACGCUCAACGAUACGGAGCACUUCGUCGGCACACACACCUUCAGCGUCAUCAACACCGGCACUGCAGACGAGGUGCUCGAGUUGAGCCAUCGCAAAGCCGUCACGAUAAACACCAUGGAUCCAAACAGUUUCUUUUUCCGACCAGGCUUGAUUUCCAAUUCCAUUGUCAACGCAUGGGCUACCGUGGCUCUCUCAUCUGACCGCAUCACCGUUCCCGCUGGUCAAUCUGUCAACGUGACCGUCGACAUUACGCCGCCAGGGGGUGUCAACGCGACCUUACUGCCCGUCUACAGCGGCUUCAUCGCCAUAGGCAAGCAACUUCACCUCCCGUACCUCGGUGUUGUAGGCAGCAUGCGCAACGCGACCAUUUUCCCAUCUGGAACUGUGUACCUCGCAAAUGGAUACUCAGAGGCACCUGCAAAUACCUCUUACAUCAUCCCUCGGCCAGAUCCCCAGAACCCACCCUGGACCGACCGAGGCGACAUCUACAACUCGCCCAACAUCUACAUGUUCCCCUCGGUUGGCUCGGCUUUGCUCCGUGUAGACGUGCUGCAAGGCAACAAGACACUUGGACCGUUGGCAGGAUUCCCGCUCACCUACAUCCCGAGGAGUGAAGUGCGUGCGUACUUCAACGGGUUGAUGGCCGAUGGGAGAGUGCUGGACGAAGGUACUUACCGCAUGAGAGUCAAGGCACUGCAUAUUUUUGGUAAUGAGGAUAAUGAAGAGGAUUGGGAUACUAUUGAGACGAGUAGCUUUGCGGUUAAGUAUGCAGCCUGA